CCAGUGAGUAGAUUCAAUACGACAGCUGCAGGGCUCCCUCUGUUGUCUGCAUCAAAUCAGGCCUGUCCAAAACACUGGUGGUAAUACCACAGGUCAAAGCUGAACUUCACCAACGGUUGUGUCAAAGAACUGCGUCUUGGGGUUAUCAGUGGUUAACUCUACCAGGCAGCGGGAAGCGAAGAAACAAUGAAGGCGGUCAAAAGAAACGUCACAUUUCAAGAAAGCGUUGGAUUGCUCUGCAGUGACUGCUUGACCUCCGGAGAGAACGAUAUCAUGUGUGCUGCUAGUGUGGCAAAUACUCUAGGCGUAGAGGUGUCUCUGGUGCAGAAUUCACCUUGUUGUCCACAUGGUCCGACGUUACUGUUUGAGCGGUUCAAUGGGAAGCACAAGAAACAGCGCUACUAUGCCUGCUCUGCAUGCAGAGAUCGUAAAGAUUGCAGCUUUUACCAGCUCGCUGAUGAGAAAGUCUCUGAGGCUAAGAAGAUGAGCAGAGAGGAACUCAACAGAUCACAGCAGCCGUGGACCAGCCAUGAACAUUUUUUCCAAAGAAUGCAGGACACUAAGGAUUUGAGUCCAUCUGAGAGGAAAUUUUGUCAAUCCUGCAGCCUGUUACUGCGUCCACAAGAAGUCCAGACUCACUCGAAGCAUAAGAUAAAGGCUGACCUCACCGACGCUAUCCUGAGUCAACCAUCCUAUCUCCUCCUCCCGCUAGAGGACAACAAAACAAACGCUCAAUAUCUGUUCUCUAAAACAGCCACUGAGUUUCUGAUCACCACCAUUAAGAGGCUCGGUUAUGACAGAGUGCUGUGUGUUGGGUCUCCCAGAUUACAUGAGAUGAUACAGUCUGAGGCAUCAUCAGACCUCAGCAGUCUGUUGUUGGAUAUAGACCAUAGAUAUGGUCAGUUCUACCCUCCGAGCCUCUUCUGUCGUUACAACAUGUUCAACGAUCACUUUUUAGACGGCGAGAAGAGCAGGACUAUCUGCGAGGACUUUUUGCAUCGUAACCAUGGCGAUGGUAUCGUUAUGGUUACUGACCCUCCUUUUGGAGGCAGGGUGGAGAUCCUGGCUGAGGUCAUCCAGAGGAUGAUGGGAAGAUGGACAAUGGGGUUACAAGACCUUGGCUCGACAGCUAAGCUUCCACUACUUUGGAUCUUCCCAUACUUCUUAGAACAAAGAAUUCUGGAUAGUUUUCCUUCUUUUACAAUGCUUGACUACAAGGUUGACUAUGAUAAUCACCCGUUGUUCCAGAGCAAUCGGAAGAAGGCUCGUAAGAAAGGCUCCCCUGUCAGAGUCUUCACCAAUCUUCAACCCUCUGAAAUCCAUCUUCCUCUCGAUGAAGGCUACAGGUUUUGUAAAGCGUGUAAACGCUACGUAGCGGAAGAGAAUAUACACUGUACUCAAUGCAACAGCUGCACGUCCAAAGAUGGCAGCACGUAUAAGCAUUGCAAGGAUUGUCAGAGAUGCGUCAAACCAGGUUACGUUCACUGUACAGUUUGCCAGCGAUGUGAGUUACCAGAUCAUCAAUGCAAUAGGCAGUCUAUGGGGUGCCACAUCUGUGGCUCACUCACUCA